GGCAAGGUUUCUGAGUCUCCUUCAAUAAAACCAAGUUAAUUAGUCGAGGGGUUACUGUAUAUAUAUAUAUUCCGAUCAUCUUCUCCAUUUCCGGCGAGAGCUGAGUGAAAUUCGAGAGACUUCCAGUUAUGGAAAGCAGACUCUCCGCCGCUCUUGGCCUUCCCCCGCCGGAUCCGGUUUGUUAUCCUUCUCUUUUCGAAUUCCCCACUCUUUUCUCCAACUUUGAUUCAUUACUCGCCGGUAAUAAAGUCCCCAAGGAUCGGAAUCACUUCCAGUAUCCUCCUCUUCCGUUUUCUUCAUUGUCCUUAUCCACCGAACAGCAAGUUUUCACCCCCAAAUCCUCCAACUGGCUGAAACCUCCCUCUAAAAACUCCCCCAAAAUUCAAUCCCUUAUCAAGAAUUUAUCCGUCCUCGAACGGGCAGUCGUCGGCGCCGCGGGUGGUGCCAUGGCUGGUGCCUUCACUUACGUUUGUCUCCUUCCGCUCGAUACCAUCAAAACCAGGCUCCAAGCAAAAGGGGCUUCGGAGAUUUACAAGGGUACAUUCGAUGCCAUUGUUAAGACCUUCCAAUCCAGAGGGAUUCUAGGGUUUUACAGAGGCGUUUCUGCUGUAAUUGUCGGCUCUGCAGCUUCUUCAGCCGUUUAUUUUGGAACAUGCGAGUUUGGUAAGUCGAUUCUGUCGAAAUUUGAUUGCCCUUCUCUGCUUAUUCCUCCAACUGCUGGGGCUAUGGGGAAUAUUAUCUCCUCGGCUAUAAUGGUGCCGAAGGAGUUAAUUACUCAGAGAAUGCAGGUUGGGGUUAAAGGGAGGUCUUGGGAGGUUUUGAUUCAGAUUCUUGAGAAAGAUGGUAUAAUGGGGCUUUAUGCUGGUUAUUUUGCAACGUUGUUAAGGAAUUUACCUGCUGGGGUUUUGAGUUACUCUUCAUUUGAGUAUUUGAAAGCUGCUGUUCUUAGCAAAACGAAGAGUAACAAUCUGGAACCGCUUCAGAGUGUUUGUUGUGGAGCAUUGGCUGGUGCUAUAUCGGCCACUCUUACAACACCUCUUGAUGUUGUCAAGACAAGGUUGAUGACUCAAGUUCAUGGGGAGGCUGCAAACAUGUACAGUGGGGUGUCGGCUACGAUCAAGCAAAUAUUGCAGGAAGAGGGGUGGAUUGGAUUAACCCGUGGAAUGGGUCCUAGAGUUCUUCACAGUGCUUGCUUUGCAGCUAUCGGUUACUUUGCUUUCGAGACGGCAAAACUUGCAAUUUUGCAUCGAUAUCUAAUGCAGAAGGAGGCUUCAGAAUUGGCUUCUGCUUCAACUUGAUUAGCAUUGUAGCUCAGAUAUGAACUUUUGAAGCCCUUCAGAAGAGUUGAGACCACUAAGAAAACUUCGAAUCAACUUCUCGAAGGCAGCUGCGUGAGGUAGGCGAUAGGCGUUUUUAAGAGGCUUACUAUCUAUUACGAUGAGUUCUCCCAUGUGUAUGAUGAAGUGAUGUUUCUUUUUCAAUGUUGGCUUAAUUCUUACCUAUUAUAACAUGGAAUCUUGGCAGAUAAUAAGUACUUUUUGUGUAUUCAUUUGGUAGGAAGCUGAUGAAUUGAUCAUAUAAAGGACAGUUUGGUUUAUGUUAUGUUGAAUAAGAGUAUAUCGUUCUGUCU